UUGAAUGGGUUUUUUUUGCAGGAUGCGUGAGUAGGAUUGCCUUGCAAUUGUGAUAGAGGCGAUUGAGGUCUCAUCGGUGGUGUUUUCGGAGUGGUCAUGUGGCGGGAAAAUUAGUAUGGUGCACAUUUUAGGGGAUACUUGUUGGCAUGUUUUUUUGUUUGGACUUCGUGCACACAAGUUGUAGUUUGCGUUAGAGCAAGCGUUGGUUUUGUCGCCAGAACGUGCGGGUUUUUGGUUUAUACUUGGCACCAGUGUUGUAGUUAAAUGUGUAGCACAAGUGUUUAUCUUCUUUUUGUCUUUUUUUUUCUUUUUUCUUCCUUCAGGUGAUCACAUUGGCUGCAUGUGAAUACAAUUUCCAUAAUGUGACGCGGACACGAGACAUUUUGGAUGAGCCAGCAGUGUUUCUGUCACUUGAUCGAGCGAGAUGUUCUUUGUUUGAAGCAACAUGUCUUCCAACUGUUCAUGUUCGUGUAGUUCGUCGAAUGAAGAUGUUUCUGGCGAAACAGCAACAGAGCGACCAAUGCUCUUGCAGGGUAUUGGGUCCAUUGCUGUGUCACUGACGUUUUAUAUACUCCGUAAGAGCCGGCGCCUGCCAGGUCUUGUUGGACCUGCGAUAGGUGCGGUUGAGGACAUUGUUAGCCCGUGCAUUCAGCCUCUAGCUACCAGAGUGGGAACUGAAAGCCUGUAUUUUCUGUCUCUUGCCGACGAGAAGCUGUAUGAGCUGGGGCAGAUUACUACGAAGAAAAUUCCAUUUUUAUCAGGCUUAAUCAGGAAAGUCAAGGGUGUUCAUAGUUUGAUCGGUCAGGCUGGAACUGUUGCUUCAUCUGCAUAUGAGCAGGUUUCUGAGCGUGGUGUGAUCGGUGCUGCCGCGGAUACUUGGAUGAAGUAUGAAGUGACAGUGAAAUCUAAAACGGCAGACUCGCUUAAGUAUGUAAACAGGGUGCCUCUUCUGAACGUAUUUGUACCAGUUAUUUAUACGGUCGGUACCUCUAUUGCAUCAGCCAUUUCCAGCUGGCUCAGUAAGCAUAGCGAAUUUCAAGAUGUGCAUCUUGUUUUUCACGAGGUCCACCUACUGGAUGAUGAGAAGGAUUUGAAAACUGAUCCAGAAGUGAAGCAUCUGUAUGUGGUGGAUAGUAGAGCUGAGGUUAGUUCUAACAUGGAUACGCACAAUAGCAGUUCUGAAAUCGGCAUCUCCACUUCUUCGACUCCCGAGACCUCUGAAAGGAGUACCCAUCCUGAGGUGGUUAGAAAAGCAGAUUUAUUUGAAGAAGUUGAUGAAGGGAAGCCCUCGUCUGGUGGAAGCGAUGGCAAGGGGAAAUUAAAUGUUGCUCCUGUAAUUCCUGCGAGCUCCCCUGGCGAGGAUUCCGAUGACGAGCUAACCGUGUUGUUUGACGCGGGUUGGAGCUUGGGAAGUAUUAGUCCCCCAAGAAAGGUUUUGGUGGAGUCCGAGGACAGUAAAAAAUGGUGGUGGUUGUGAGCAAGAGUUGUUGACGUAGACAUGAAGUGACACAUCCGUGGUAUCAUUCUCUACUGAUUACGCAUUACACAGUGAUAGAAUAUCGGAAACCUCGCUUUCAAUGAAAGAAACCUAGAGGUAGUUUUCAGUGUACAUUAGCAACAACCAUACAAAUGUCAAAGCACUUUUCAACAUUUCAACAUCUACUUUCUAAAGGUGAAGAUGACGGGAUUUUUUCUAAACAAGAUCAAGUCAACGGGGCAUCAUGCUUUGGAAGAACUACAUCAGCACAUUUCCCAACAUUAGUGUGACCUGCUGUAAGAACUCUUUCACUUUUCUGCGAUCCUUACUAUCAGGUGUUUCCACAGCAUUUGCAGAUUGAAAAAUCACCGUCAUAGCUCUCAGUGCUGAACUGAGGUCUUUAAAUUGAUAGGGUUGGCAACGACGUGCCAUUUACAGCUAGACUUCAUAGAUGGAUAGGUUAAGCCAUACAAAUAAGUGUUGCACCAGCUCUUGUAAAUAAUGAUCAGGUACUUCCUACGUUACUUAUAUAGUCUCACAGUUGUUUGCAUGUUCUAUAUUUGGUACUGAAGUAUUGAUUAGAGAGCUUUUUGGGGAAGCCUAAAAGUUGUAAACUUAGCUUGAUGGGUGUUCUGAGCACUGCAAUGUUGUACCACCAUUUUCUGUUCACAACCUUACUUCACUAUGAUUUUAGCA